AUGUCCGAAUCACGAGAACAAAUUUUAGCUGAUUUUCAGGCCUGCACUGGACUGGAAAAUAUGGAAGAAUGUAUUCAUUGUUUAGAUCAAUAUGACUGGAAUUUAAUGAAAGCUGUUGAGGCUGUAAAUCAAACAAUCGGAUCAUCUGGUACUGAUGAUUUAUCUCCUCAAAGAGUAGGAAAAGCUACCGCAACAUCCACAUCUUCUACGAGCGCAACUCGUAAAAUUCCUUCAAGUGACGAUGAUGAUGAUGAACCAAAAGUGAUUAAAACGUAUACGAAUAAUUCGACAGCCCGUCGUUCAACAGCAGAAAAAACAUCGUUAAGACCAAAUAAAACUACACCUACUUCUGGCACGUCGUUGAAAACACGUAGCUCUGAUGAUCGAAUUCGUGAAUUAAAUUUCAAUGUUGAAUAUCGUGACGCAACAGAACGUAUAACAGCAUCAGAACAAGACACUAUUCUUCAACUGAAAGAAAAAAUUGCAAAAAAAUUUAAUGUGCCAACUAACAGACAACAUUUUGUAGAUUGGAAACACCGGCAAAAUGAUAAUACACAUCUUAAAGACUUAAGUUUGCCCAAACAUAACGACAUACAUUUAGUAUCUAGUACUCCAUCAUCAAGUGGUCAUAAUCUUCGUACAGCAUCAACAAUAACACAAACAAAUAGUCGACAUGAUAAUCAUGCAUCAGCAUCAUCAUUUAAUUAUGACUUUCCUAUUACAGUUCGAUGCGAAGAUAAAUUUGGACGACAAAUUCCCUAUGAAUUAUGCUUACUAGACAAUACGACAAUCGCAGAAAUAAAAAAACAAGUUGAACGAUUAACUCAGUUACCAGUAAAAAGUCAAGAAUGGAAAGGAUUAAACGGCUGCAAAGAUUCGGAUACAUUAAAUUCGAGUGGUAUUCAACCAAAAGCAACAUUAUCAGUUCGACGUGCACCUAUUCCACUGGUGAAACUUGAUUCGAAGAAUUCAAAUCAUAGUGAUGAUGAACAAUCUGUGAUGGAAAUUGAUGAUGAUGAUAAUACGGGGUUUGAUGAAGCUUCCUUCACAUCAAAACGUGAACCAUUGAUACCAGAUCGAUGUACAAAUGAAUCAGCCGGUCUUGAAAAUUUUAUUCGUAUAUUUCCAAAACGAUUUUCAGCAUCUGGUCCAAUAUUAUAUAUUGGCUCAUUAGAAAGUGCUAUUCAAGGUUCACUUCAUUCACCUAUUAAACAUCGACGUCCAUUAGCCAUUUAUUUACAUCAUGAUGACAGUAUAUGUGCAAAUGUAUUUUGCUCUCAGGUACUUUGUUCAGAUACAAUUGUCGAAUAUUUGGCAAAUAAUUACGUUCUAUGGGCGUGGGAUUUAACAUUUGAUUCAAAUCGAAUUAAACUUAUUGAAUUAUUAAAAAGUCAUGUUGGUACAACUUGUGCUUUGCGAGUUCAAUCCAUGAAUAAAGAAAGUUUUCCGUUAAUUCUUAUUAUUACAAGACAUCGUGGAAAUAUGGAAUUGAUUAAUAUUAUUGAAGGAAACACAACACCCGAUGAAGUAUUGAAUAAUCUUAUACAAUCAUAUGAAACGUUUGACGAACAACUCAGACGAGACGAAGUGGAAGAAACAUUGCGUGAAACACGAGAAAAUUUAAAACGUCAACAAGAGGAAGAAUACAAAGCAUCUUUAGCUGCUGAUGUUGCCAAACAAAAACAACGAAUGGAAGAUGAAAAAAAAGUGAAAGAACAAGAACAUGCUGAAGAAAAUCAAAAAAAGCAACGACUAGCUAUGCAAAAAGAAUGUCAAGCAAAAUUAACAGCUGAACCACUUGACAGUGAUAAAGAUAUAACAACAUUGAAGAUACGUUUACCAGAUAAUCAGGGGAUAUUAAUGAGGCGAUUUCGAAUCAAAGACACACUGCAGACAUUAUUUGACUAUCUCACGAGUGAAGGUCGUAUGUUUGGUGAAUAUAAACUAUUAUCCAUUCAUCCUAGACGAGAUUUAACAGCGUUGAAUAAGUCAGAUACGCUUGAAAAAUUAAAAUUAUAUCCACAAGAACAGUUGAUACUUGAAGCAUUAUAA